GCGUAGGGCUCGAGAAGAUGGAUAGGAUGCACAACAGCCAAAACAAAUUGUAAACCAAGGAACAAUGGGAUUGUUCCAAAUCACGAGCAGUGGUAAUUUCCUUAUUGAAAUCGUUCAAUCGUGACUUGAUGCGAUUCAAAAUUGAAAAAGAUGCAGGUGCAUUUUUCACUCUCUACUGCACACUUCUGCAAACAAUAUGUUCACAUUUUCUCUUCACACAAUGGAUUCUGGCAACAAACCCACCGAAGCAGUUCCCACAGACGAGAAGAAGCAGGGAAAAAAGAGAAAUUAUCGCAAAGACAAGCCCUGGGAUGAUGGCACUGUGAACAAGUGGGAAAUCGAAGAAUGGAAAGAGGAGUAUAUGCCCUCUUCUCUGCUGGAGGAAAGCUCGUUCGCUACCAUGUUUCCCCGCUACAGAGAGCAAUAUCUCCGUGAAGUGUGGCCAGCGGUUACAAAAGAACUAGAUAAACACGGAAUUUACUGCGAGUUGGACUGUAUCGAAGGUACGAUGACGGUCAAGACGACGCGUAAAACGAAGGACCCUUACAUCAUUCUGAAAGCACGCGACCUGAUCAAGCUACUUGCUCGCAGCGUUCCUUUCAACCAAGCCAUAAAAAUCCUGGACGACAACAUGCAAUGCGACAUCAUCAAAAUCGGCGGCUACGUAACCACGAAGGACCGUUUCAUCAAGCGUCGCCAGCGCCUGGUAGGCCCCGAAGGAGCGACGCUGAAGGCGAUCGAGCUGCUAACGGACUGCUACAUGCUGGUUCAAGGGAACACGGUGGCGGUGAUGGGAAGCUACCAAGGCCUGAAAACGGUGCGUCGAAUCAUCAUUGACUGCAUGAAGAACAUCCAUCCGAUCUAUGCGAUCAAAACGCUGAUGAUUAAGCGGGAGUUAGCGAAGGACCCUGCGCUGAAAAACGAGAAUUGGGAUCGGUUCUUACCGAAGUUUAAGAAGGAGAAUAAAAGCUCGAAGACGAAGAAGGUGGUGGUGAAGGAGAAGAAUAGAUACACGCCGUUCCCGCCGGAGAAUCACAUCACGCCGUCGAAGGUGGAUCUGCAGAUCGAGAGCGGAGAGUAUUUCUUGAGCGAGCAGCAGAAGAAGGAGCGAGAAAUGGAGAAGAGGCGGAUGGAGAAGAAGAGAAAGGCCGGGAUCAAGGAGCAGGAGCGGCAGAAGAAGUUUGUACCGCCCAAGGAGAAGAAGUGA